GACAAAAAAUGGAACACACCAGCAGUGUGAGGAGACCUGAAAGUGGGCACAUGGCAGAGUGUGGCGAUGGAGACAGCAGCAAUGGGAGGCGUACAGGGACCCAUGAGAGACUCUGGACCUGGCUAGCAGCAUGAGGAGGCAGUAUAGGGGCCCAUGGCAGAUUAGGGGCCUGGCAGCAGCUAUGGGAGGCCCGUAAUCUGCCAGCACCCUAUGACAAAAAAUGGAACACCCAGCAGUUGUGUGAGGAGACCUGAAAGUGGCACAUGGCAGAGUGUGGCGAUGGAGUUACAGCAGCAAUGGGAGGCCGUACAGGGACCCAUGAGAGACUCUGGACCUGGCAGCAGCAUG